GUAGGGAGCGUGGCUGGUGUCCGCGCGGUCGCUGCCGCCGCUGGGUUCCAAGUGAUAGCCGGGCGCGAUGAGGCCCUGAGCAGCCACCGCCGCGCUCAAGCAGGCAGCCGCCACCGCUGCCCUUCCCGGGCCCCCGCCGACCGGGCCCGCUGCAGCCUCCCGGCUCCGCUCUACGGCCGUUCCCGCAGCUGCCGCCAUGUCUGCGGGCUUCUCCUUCGGCGCGGGGACCCUGGGCUCCGCGGCGGCCGCCGCCGCCGGGACAGGAGGAGGGGGCGGGGGCUUUUCCUUCGGAGCCGCCACGCCGAGCUCAACAGGAGGACUUAAUUUUGGAACUCUGGGCUCUGCCACGGCUACAGCAACUACAUCAGCUCCUUCGGUGGGCUUCGGGAGUAGCCUUUUUGGAUCAAAAUCAACCACGGGCUUUACACUAGGAGGCAUCAGUACAGCAGGAACAGCAACAACUAUUGCUACAGGACUGGCACUAGGUACACCUGCCACCACAUCAACAGCUACUACAGGCUUUAGUUUAGGUUUCAACAAACCUGCGGGUUCUGCCACACCAUUUGCUUUACCUGUUACUUCUACCUCAGCGAGUGGCCUGUCAUUAUCAUCUGCUCUUACAUCGACUCCUGCAGCAGGAAGUACUGGCUUUACAUUAAAUUUGGGUGGUACAACUGCUCCAACUACGACUGCCUCUACAGGCCUUUCCUUAGGAGGAGCCUUAGCAGGUUUAGGAGGUUCACUCUUCCAGAAUACAAGCACAGCAGCAACAGGGCUUGGGCAGAAUGCUUUGGGUUUGACUCUGGGUACAACUGCAACUCCUUCAACUACUGCCAAUGAAGGUCUUGGUGGCAUUGAUUUUAGUAGUUCUUCAGACAAAAAGAGUGACAAAACGGGAACAAGACCAGAAGAUAGCAAAGCACUAAAAGAUGAAAAUCUACCUCCAGUAAUCUGUCAAGAUGUGGAAAAUCUACAGAAAUUUGUGAAAGAACAAAAACAAGUUCAGGAAGAAAUUAGUAGAAUGUCCUCUAAAGCAAUGCUUAAAGUACAAGAAGACAUUAAAGCUUUGAAACAACUUCUGUCUGUAGUUGCCAGUGGGUUACAGAGAAACACUCUUAAUAUUGACAAGCUGAAAGUGGAAACUGCACAGGAGCUAAAGAAUGCAGAAAUAGCUUUACGAACACAGAAAACUCCUCCUGGUCUCCAGCAUGAAAAUACAGCCCCAGCAGACUACUUCAGAAUCUUGGUUGAACAGUUUGAGGUACAGCUGCAGCAGUACAGGCAACAAAUAGAAGAACUGGAAAAUCAUCUUGCUACCCAAGCAAAUAAUUCACAUAUAACUCCACAAGAUUUGUCUAUGGCAAUGCAGAAAAUUUAUCAGACAUUUGUAGCUUUAGCUGCACAACUUCAAUCAAUACAUGAAAAUGUAAAGAUGCUCAAAGACCAAUACCUUGGCUACAGGAAAACCUUUCUGGGAGAUGCCAUGGAUGUGUUUGAGGCAAGACGAACAGAAGCUAAGAAGUGGCAGAGUGCGCCACGUGCUACCACUGGACCGACCCCUUUCAGCAACAUACCAAAUGCAGCAGCCGUUGCGAUGGCUGCAACACUUACUCAGCAGCAACAGCCUGCUACAGGGCCACAGCCAUCUCUGGGAGUUAGUUUUGGAACGCCAUUCGGCUCAGGUAUUGGCACUGGCUUGCAAUCAAGUGGCUUAGGUUCUUCAAGUCUUGGAGGAUUUGGAAGUAGCUCUGCCUUUGGAAGUAGUGCCACAGGAGCAUCAUCAUUUGGGUUUGGAACUUCAAGUAAACCAUCAGGAAGUCUAAGUGCAGGCUUUGGCAGCUCGACUACAUCUGGGUUUAACUUCAGCAAUCCUGGCAUCACAGCAUCAGCUGGCUUGACGUUUGGGGUAUCUAAUCCUGCAUCUGCAGGCUUUGGGACAGGAGGGCAGCUUCUUCAGCUGAAGAAACCUCCAGCUGGAAACAAGCGAGGGAAAAGAUAGGCACCCCUAAAGGGAAGGGGAAGUGAAUCAACUUUGUUCAUCUGAAAAGUCUAUUUUUCUAGAUUGAUGCAUUGAUUAAAUUGCAUCGCAGGAGAUUUAUAAAAGUUUUGCUACUUUUCCCUAGUCUGAAAUACAAAAUGAAGUCAUAUUGAACAGCUAUUUUCUUGUGAAUAGAAACCCGUUUAUGUAUUUUUAUUUUUAGCCCUAGUUUUAGAAAUAUUCUAUACUGCAUUAUUAUUAAAGAAUCUUGUAAAACCAUCUAUUUAACCUAAUGUUAGUAGCAGAAUAUUUUUUGUUAAUAAGCUUUAUACCAUAAGAAUAUAUGCAUAUUUGGGUUUUUGUACAGAUAAAAUAUAUUCUAGUACAAAUACUAGAGUUCAUAUCUUCUGUUCCUGGAUAUGGCCUUUAAAUCUACUUCAGGGUGGUUUUGUGUAUAUGGAUGUAAAUAUAUACAGUACAAUGCACACAUCUGUGUGUAUAUGUAUGUGUAUAUAUAUGUAUAAAAUACAAAUGUGCAAACCUUGCCCUAUAGACAGGUCUCCUUUUCUUUGUGUGUUUUGUUUCUCAGUGUUGCCCUGUGAUCCCACAUCUUUAUGUUCCUAGGAAUUUCAAAUAGUGGGUCCUGAGCUGUGUCAUCAUUGCUUCUUGUGUUUUGUUGUUCAAAACCAGCUGAAAUACAAUUUUUACUAUUUCAUAAAUAAUGGUUAAUAGCUGGAUUUUUUUUUUUAACCUUUUGCUUGACCCAUUUAGCAGCCAACUCUAAAGAAGAAUCCAAGAUUUUGACAAAGACAUUUCAUAGGUAAUGUUCCAAAUUGUUUGGUUUUCUUUUUUCUUGGAGCUGAGCAGUAGGGCAUCACAGCAUUUCCACUGAAAACUCAGGAUGCUACAUGGUCUGUGUGCAAGCAGGGAGUUGUCAGCCUGGAUGACAUCAUAGCUUGCUGUGCUGCAUCUCACAUUUGAUGUGCACUAGAAAUAGCUGUGAAAACAAGGAGGAAAUAAUCUUUAUUUGCAAAGGUUCAAUGAAUGAUACAGGUUGAAGUAUGAACAUGAAACUUUGGAGCUGAGUUGCUUUGUAUGAAGAAGUUUUGUAUAUAACAUGCAUCCAAUUAAUAUUCACAAUCAUUUUCAUAAAAGCACCUUUUUUUUCUAAAGCAGUUACAGUGCAUACGAUUUUCUAGUACCAAAUCAUUUGUUUUCUCUUAAAGUGUUAUUACCAUUUUGUAGUAUGUUUUGGAAAUUAUGCUCUUUGACAUAUGUUCAGUUUGUCACUUGAUCUGAUAAAAUUAAGGGAAACUGAGCACGGAAUUCUUCACUUUUGUAGUUGUAUGUUAUUGCAUCUUUGUGAGCAGCCUCUUAGGAAAGGGUAUAAUGUGGGGUUUUUAUGUCUUGGAAAAAUAAAGUUUUCAGUUUAUUUGGAUUUUAACCCUUUCUAAAACUCAUUGGGCUGCAGUCAAAACCACACUGUUUGUAUUCCUUACUGCUUUUUUUAAUAGUUAAUGCGUUAAACCACUGGACUCUUGUAAUGUAUUAAUUUGUGAAAAUAAUUCUAAAUGUGUACUGUUUGUCCAUAUGUGCAACUUAGCAUUGUGCAAACAAUAAAACAAUAAUGCUGUGA